AUGUCUGUAAACUUCAACAACAGUUCCAUCUUAAGCGCAUACGACUCUACUGAAAGACAUCAAGCUUCAGCGGAGCGCAUCGUACGUAUCGUGUUUGUGUGGAUCAUCAUCGUAGUUGGGCUUGUUGGUAACUCUUUCAUCGUUGCUGUACUCAAAAUUUUCCCCAGAAUGAGAACGACCACCAACUAUCUUCUUGUCAACGUAGCCGCCGCAGACAUAACAACCCUGUUAUUCACGGCAAUGCACCUCAUUCCGAUCCGGGGCCCCUUCCCAAAUGGCGCUCUUGGCAGCUUCCUUUGCAAGUUUGUUUAUACCAACAACAUCACCAUGGUUACAUUGCUGGUAACUACAAUGACGCUAACUCUUCUAGCUGUAGAGAGGUACCACGCUCUGGUGAAACCGCUGAUCACAUCACGGAGGGUCAACACCGACAACAUUGCUUACAUCAUAGUCGGCAUUUGGUUUGUUGCUAUAGCGAUGGUUUUGCCGCUGUUUGUGUCGGUCGAUCAUCGCCCCAACUCCAACAGUCUUUGCUCUCCAGGUAACAAAAUGAAUGAGAUGAAGGUGUACGUGUAUUGUCUUAUGGCCCUACUUACAAUAAUCCCCUUCCUUGCUAUCGCGUUCUGCUAUUUCCGAAUUAUCUCCGGCUUGUAUUUUGAAAACACGAUUUGUAGCAGAGGGCAAGGACCUAGCACACCACAAGAAUUGGGAGAGAAAAAGAGACUUGUCGUACUUCUCAUGGUUCUAACGUCAGUUUUUUUCGUCGCAUAUGUUCCUUAUGGCGUAGCGCUUAUUCUGCAGUUUAGCGGAAUGGCCAACAGCAGCGAUGAAAAACGCGUUAUCUUUAGUCGCUUCAAGACCGCCGUGCAAUAUUUAACGCUUCUCAAUUGUUCCACCAAUCCUUUUAUCUAUGCAAUCCCGAGUACCAACUACAGAUGCUGCUUUAGGUACAUCAUCAAGAAAAUAUUAUUUCGGAAUACCAGAGAGGAGGUUCAUGCUAUUGGUCUUAAACGAAGAAGCCUACCGGAAGUUGUUUAA